ACUGGAUGUAUAUGACAAUUAAGUCAAAAGAAAACAGUAAGUAGAAAUGAAACAAGAACUCAGACCGAACAGGGGCGGGUAUUAAUGAAUCAACAUAUCGAUCAAGAUUUGACAAACCUUGAUUCUGCCUGGGAAAUAAAUUUUUGAAGAUCAUGGAGAAUAGCACGGAAUGCUUGAUUCUUGGGAGUGAAAAAAAUAUGGAGCAAAGGUUUGUCCUUGAAGUGGUUGGUGGCAUAUGAGACUUUGAAGCUGCGGAAAUGAACAGAUUGGAAAAUUGACCUGAAGAGGUCCAUGUAUAGUGGGAGUUGAUUCAUGGAAAAAAGUGUGACAGGCAAGCAUGUGAGGAUGUAUAUUGGAAAAGCCGCGACUUUGAUAUGCUCGGUGAGGACGAAGAAAUGGCCCGCACAGAAGGAGAUCAAGAUGGCAGCAAUUGAGGUGAAGAGACAGUUGAGUCCAAGCAGCAGCUUCCUGGGGAGAUUGUUCUUGAAAUCCUUUUGUUGGCAGCGGGAGGUGAGGAUUGCGAGGAAGAAGACGAGGGCGGUGACUGAGAAGCCCAGAGCUAUGAGUGAUGAGACUGCGAAUGCAUCAAAGGCGGGCUGGCCUUUAAGAAUGGGACGCCCAGUCUUAUCAUCCACCCCUCCAGGGAUGGUUGCUGAUGUAGCAAAUGCCACAGUUGCAAUCAGCGCAGCAAUGACAGAGCAGGAGUUGGAAGUGGUGACCAGCCAUUUGGUACCGCUUUUGGCUUUGCAUAAUUGGUUGAAGUUGGUGAUUCAUCUAUUGUGGUGGAGUGCUUGGUGGUUCAAUUCCAGUAGAUUCUCUUGCAGCAUCUUCUGGAGGUCUCCCCCCAGUAUACUGGUACUUGUAGCUAGAUUCUUUCUCAAUCAAUUCAUUCAUGAUCUGGACUGCCCAUGUGUUCAUUUCCUUCUUGUCCUUAAUUUUCCUUAUCCUUCCAAAUCCUAG